UCUGGCUCCGUGGUGCGCUCCGACACCAGAGGUCCGCUUUAAUACCGGGGGUGGAGGAGGAGAAGCAGGUCGACUAUUUACACCGCUCAGCUAGAGAGAGGCUGCAGACCGCUUCUCCGCCCCGAAAGAGUCGGCAUCGAGCAUCCAUGUGACAAGCGGACUUUGGGAUUGGGAGCGCAGAUUAAGACAAGUCUACUGCUGGGAAAAAAAUUUGAUUCGCUGGCUGGAAGACGUUUGAGUUUUAAACUCUCCUGUUGAUAUAAAUGUGCACGUGUACAUCAGAGCUGCAUUUACCUCGGACACUUCGGUCUGGACUCUUCUGACAGUCGGAGUGGAGCAAAAGUCAUUUUAACAACUCACAGCUCGCCGUUCCUCUCAGGAUAUUCACGCCUGCAAAAUCUGAGACUGCUUCUCUAUCUCUUUGAUUCUCCUUCCUGGAGCAAACCCGAGGAUGUUGUUCCGCUGGUUGAACCCUCCCUCCUGGUCCACCUGUAGGUUUUUCUUUUGCUUUUUGCUGCUGCUCCAAACGCCCCAGUCUUCCUCUCCGCUAAUUACAGGUACUGAGGCCAGCUGUGACAAUGAAGGAGAGGUUCUCCACAUCCCCAACAUCACCGACAACCCCUGCAUCACAUGCGUCUGUCUGGACGGUAAAGCAGACUGUAAACAGGAGAAAUGUCCAGUUGUCUCAGAGGACUGUGCUCUGGUGGUGAAACAGACUGGAGCUUGCUGUGAAAGGUGUAAAGGUUGUAGGUUAGAUGGAUGCUCCUAUAACAGUUCAGUAUCCUGGACCACCUCCACGAAACCCUGCAUAACAAGACGUUGUCAGGAAGGUGUCAUCACUGAAGCAGAAGUUCAGUGUGUAAUCCACUGCAAAAACCCCAAAAACCACCCAAAGAAGUGCUGCCCCACCUGCCCCGGUUGUAUCUUUGAGGGUCGUCUAUAUAAAGAGAAUCAGGAGUUCAGUCCAGAAGGGAAACCUUGCAUCAAGUGUACCUGCACUGGAGGCCGAACUCUCUGCACGAGGGAGGUGUGUCCUGUCCUUUCUUGCCCCUCUCAGCUCACCCACACCCCGCCUGGACAGUGUUGUCCCAGAUGUGUCGGUCAGAGGAAGGUGUUCGAUCUCUCUUUGGGAAGCUGUCUGUUCUACAGUCAGGUCUAUGACAAUGGCACCUCCUUUAUACACGACAACUGUACCACCUGCACCUGCCAGAAUUCCACUGUAGUGUGCAAGAAACGCUGCUCGCAGCAGGGAACUUGCCAAGGCAGCCACUGCUGUGAGGAGUGUCUGUCCUAUGUAAAGGUGGAGGAGGUGAAGUACUGCAGAGUCCGGAACAAGAUCUACAGAGAAGGAGACAUGUGGUCAUCAGUUAACUGUACUCUCUGUACUUGCGUUAAAGGCAGCAUUGAGUGUCAGCCCAAACAGUGUGUACCAAUCACCAGCUGCCCCUCGAAUAAAAUCCUGAACAGAACUGGCUGCUGCCCAGUUUGCACUGAAAAGCCAGGCGUGUGUACAGUCUUUGGCGAUCCUCACUACAACACCUUUGACGGCAGGACCUUUAACUUUCAGGGAACUUGUCAGUAUGUUCUGACUCGUGAUUGUGGUAGCAUUCCCUCUGGAGGGCCUGGGAAUAACAUCAACCUCAACAGCCCAGACUCGAGCUUCACGGUGUUGGUGAAGAAUCACGCCCGGAGGACUCGCUCCUUCUCCUGGACUCAGUCUGUCGAGGUGAGGCUGGGUAGUUUGAUCCUCAGCCUGCACCAGCACUUAACUGUACGGAAGAAUGGUACUCGCAUCGCCCUGCCCUACCAUGGUCCUGGGGUGCAUGUAGACCUGGAUGGAUACCUGCUCAAACUCACCACCAUUGCAGGUCUGGAGAUCACAUGGGAUGGUGACAGUUUUGUGGAGGUUGUAGCUGCUCCUCAUCUGCGUGGGCGCCUCUGCGGCCUUUGCGGCAACUAUAAUGGCCACAAGCGUGACGAUACCAUGGGCGGUGACGGGCAGUUCAAGUUUGACGUGGACGAGUUCGCAGAGUCGUGGAGGGUCGAGGGAAAUGAGGUUUGCACCAAACAUCACCCGCCUCGCAGGCCGACUUCAUUCCUGUGCCCCGGCAGCGUUAAAGUCAAGUUCAGGGCUCACCGGGAGUGCCAGAAGAUAAAAUCGUGGCUUUUUAGUAAGUGCCACAGUGUGGUGGACUUCGGGUCUUUUUACAGGUCGUGUGUGACGGACAUGUGUGAGUGUCCGGUCCAUAAAAACUGUUACUGCGAGACCUUCAUCGCCUACAGCAGAGCCUGUGAGAGGGAAGGUGUGCCCGUCCUUUGGAAACCCGAAGCUGCUUGUAUGGCCACCCAGUGUAAACACGACGCAGUGUACGACACCUGUGGUCCAGGCUGCACCAAAACCUGUGACAACUGGAAUGAGAUCGGACCGUGCCGUAAGCCCUGCGUGGCCGGCUGCCACUGCCCCGCCAACCUGGUGAUGUUCCAGGGACGGUGCAUCAAACCCACAGCAUGCCCUGGACGGUGACCCCUAUGAGCUGGGGGAAGGGGACUGAAUUAGGGAGGGUCAUCUGAACUAAAACUAAGGGUCCAAACUAGCAAAGAAGAGUUUGGGAAGACACUAAAGGGUCUCAAGUUGACAGAUAAGAUGCAACAAGGUACUCAGGGUCCAUAACUUCACAAGGAAGUACGCUGUCGUGACUUAGAUGCCAGCGAUCCAACCAAUGAUGACGGACUGAAGGGAAACUCGGAUGAUGAUCUGAUCACGGAGCGUUCGAUUUCUGACUUCCUCACGCCUCUUUGUCACACUGUUACUAUACCAGUCGCCACCAAUUACAGUUUUGGAGAAUAAAAACUAAAAUCUCAAGCGACAACUUAAGUGGCAUUUGGAGAUUUUACAACUCACGAAUUUGAGGAACUUCAACAUGUUGCCAUGGACCCCCAGGGAAUAGUCUGGGGCCAGCGGACUCCUCUUAGAGCCAACAUGGCGACUGAGUUUCUCUCGCAAACACAUUAAAGUGAACAACAGAGCAUCUGCAUUUGGAAUAGUGAGAUUCAAAGUCAGAGAAACUCGGAUUCAUCAUAUCAAAACUGAACUUAUCAUCUCUAUUCCAUCAUUUCAUACUGUAAGCUAGCCAGAUUUAUAUGAAAGACGGACAAGCUUUUAUAUAAUUAUUGUUCUAAUUAUUAAUAUUAUUGUUAUUAUUUGUUGUUGAUGUUAAUUUAUAUAUCAGUCAAAUGAAAUGUCGUAGCAAGAGCCAGAAUCAUGAAUAUAAUUGUGUUAUAAAUGAUUUAAAGGGAAACAAAAGCUAUUUAUGUAUUUGUUGUGUAUUUUUUGUUACUGUUUGAAGAGAAAUGCCCAAAUGUGACUCAGCUGUUGCACCAUCGCAGGGAUUAAGUACUGUAUUGUAUUAUGCUCAGUGUACAGGUUGUAGUGGUUAGUAAACUGAAGGUGUUCGUGUAAGCAUAUGUUUCACUUGACGAUAAUUAUUUAAGACCAGCAAUAUAAUCUUUUCUCGAAGUUCAUUUUCGACUGUCGUCCUUCCUCUAUGUAGUGCUGGAGAAAAAUCGAGAUUACGGCUGCUAGUUCAAAUCCCAAAAGAAGCCAGUGUUGGAAAAACUGAAGUAAAGCUGAUUUCAUACUUGGAUGUUUAUCUGUGGCUCCUUAGAUUUAUCUCCACUAAAGAUAAAAGACACGAAUCUUGAAAAAAAAAAAGAUGCAAAACUAUUUUAAAUACAUUUGCACAGCUUUAAUACACUUCAAAUUUAUACAAACAUAUUUCACAUGAACACAUCUCUAAAAUAAAACAUAAGGACUAAAAGCACCAAAUACAUUGGAGUUCAUUCAACAGCAAACUGAGUCUCCAUGGUUGUACAGGUUUUAGGGGAUUCGACGUGUGUCCACCUGUUUCAGUGGUUUCACUCACUUUGACAAUUCGCCACCCUCUUUCACUUCAAGCAAUGUUCAAAAGCAGAAAAAAAAUGACUGCAGUCUGGCCCGGGUGGAGAAACAAAACACUGACACAUGGAAGAUAGUGAAUUUUCCCCCUGUUCAAGAAGAAAUACUUACAUUUCACCUGCUACUGUAACUCUUCCUAGUACUGCACAGUAUGACAGUCUUAUAACUCACAAUCAUGUCUGCUUUGUUAUGUGAGUUAAUGAAGAAAAGACUAGCUUCUGUUUAGAACACUGCCCUUAAAAUGAACGUAGCUAUGAGUCGAUGUCAAACAUCAAAAUGUUGAUGCUGCACAUCCACUCAUAAAAUCUCUCAUUUCAGGAGUAUAGGAUAGCAGAAAACUAGAGCAAAUUUACCCUUUUUGGUAGCUGACACAUCUUUUUGAAUAAAUGAUGCAAGUACUGGGAUGCCAGUCACACGUGUUUUCAACUCCUUGCUGAUGUUUUCAGUUUGCAAGCCUUGUAAUGCUGAGGUUGUAUAUGGGAUAGUGCUAUGCUGGGAAUUACAUGAGGUCAGUUGUUUCAAAGUUUGUUCAACAUUAAAAGGUGCAAAAUGUGAGUGUGGUGGCUGGAGUGGAUGGAGCAUGGUCCAUCCACUCCCACACAGUCCUGAGAAGAGGCUUAACAGCAUCUGUAUGUGUCUGCAUGGGAUUCAGAAAAUACACUAAGUCAUUCUGUAGUUGUUCCUUAUGUUAAAUGUGGUUUUUAAGUAAAUGAAAGUUCAGUUUUAAGCCGUCUGUACAGAGUGAUGUGUAUGUAAGGGGCAGCUGGAUUAUUUGAAUACACUUGUUUCUUCCUCUGCAAAUGAAUGCAGUCACACAAAAAGCUUUUGAAAAAGUAGCAUGUCAGAACCUCGGUCCCGAACCACAGUAUGGUAUAUGGGCCACACACAUUACUGUGGUUGCAAGCAUUAAACAGAAGAAAAUAGGCUUAAAAAUAGAAAAUAGACCUAAAAAGACGCUUUGGGUCACAUAAAGCGGGUUUCUGCAGACAGCUGUAUUGAUUAAAAUAGACCCUUACAAUCUCAAAUUUCACACUAAUUAUAAUAAAGUACAUCUAAUGUUAAUCUUAGAGUAACUAUUUAAUUAUUUUUAUGGAAAUUUUCUUUAAAUAUGACCCAAAACUUGUUACCAAUUUCAAAAAUGACAAU